GAUUUCUGCCUUUCCUUCUUCCGGUCUCCCACCAAACGCUUUUCCUUUUCUCUUUUUUCUCAACUUCCCAAAUCUCCGCCGAUUUCUGUCUUUUUCCUCGUCUCCUCUGUCCAUAUCUCCCAUCCUUCCCAUUUUCGUCUUCUUCUCCUCCUGCGAUCGAAAUUCUCUGCUGAUUUCUCAAAAGAUUUCAGAAAAGAAUCUAUUCCGAUGGGGAGGGAAUCACCCUCCGAAAUCGAGAUCAAGGUCCAUCCGCGUCGGGGCAGCAGCGACAACACCAUCCAUCCCCUGUCCAGCGAUUCCAUGUCGUCCGCUCCGCCACCGGCGUCCGUCCCGCCGCCGGUCUCAGUACCGGUGGCGACCCCGCGGUUCCAGCCGUUCGAGCCGUUCCGCCGGUGGUUCCCAUGGAUGGUGCCGUCCUUUGUCUUCGCCAACGUCGUGGUGUUCGCCGUCACCAUGUUUAUCAAUAACUGCCCCAAGAACUCUUCUGGCUCGUGCAUUCUCAGAUUCCUCGGCAGAUUCUCUUUCCAGUCUCUCAAGGAGAACCCGCUCUUCGGGCCUUCUUCGUCAACGCUAGAGAAAAUGGGAGCUCUAGAAGUGAGUAAAGUGGUUGGUGGACACGAAGGAUGGCGACUUAUCACUUGCAUUUGGUUACAUGCUGGGGUUGUCCAUAUACUUGCCAAUAUGUUGAGUCUUAUUUUUAUUGGAAUUCGGCUUGAGCAAGAAUUUGGGUUUGUGCGAAUUGGCAUGUUGUAUGUCAUCUCUGGGUUUGGUGGGAGCUUGUUGUCUGCUCUUUUUAUCCAAUCAAGUAUCUCUGUUGGUGCUUCUGGUGCGCUUUUUGGAUUACUAGGCGGCAUGCUUUCCGAACUCAUCACAAAUUGGACAAUCUAUGCAAAUAAGUUGGCAGCAUUGUUGACUCUCUUGUUCAUCAUUGUGAUCAAUUUAGCCAUGGGAAUCCUCCCACACGUGGACAACUUUGCUCAUAUUGGAGGAUUUAUUUCAGGGUUUCUUCUUGGAUUCGUUUUUCUGAUUCGCCCUCAAUUUGGAUGGAUCAGCCGUAAAUAUGUCCCUCCAGGAUAUGAUAUUGCUCUGAAUAAGCCAAAACACAAGCCAUAUCAAUACAUAUUGUGGGUUGUUGCUCUAACUCUUCUAAUCAUUGGGUUUACGGGCGGCUUGAUCAUGCUCUUCCGAGGGGUGAAUGGUAAUGACCAUUGCUCCUGGUGCCACUAUUUGAGUUGUGUUCCCACGUCAAGGUGGAGCUGCAAGUCAGGAUCCAUCUCGUGCAUGUCGACAAUAACGGGCAAUCAACUCAACUUGACAUGCCAAAGCAAUGGUAGAAGCAGCAGCUAUCCACUGUCAGAAGCAUCGACUGAUGCUAAGGUAAAAGCACUAUGUACUCGGCUUUGCAGUUGAUAUAUCAGAGGCCCAUGCAAGCUUCAGGAAAGGCGUAGAUCUCUCUUCCACAUUUAUGCUAUGUAGCUGCUGAUUCAUGUAGAGUAGAUGCCAUGUAUGAACUACUGUCACAGUCCUUUGGUGAUAUUGCUUCAUCUGGGCAUUUGUUUAGUGAAAUUUUUUCAUCUUUCAUUUGCAUGAUUCCAUGAAACACGCCAUCUAACAUAAGCAGGCACAAGAAAUGAGCAUCGAUUCUUCUUCUUCUUCUU